UUUAUGGCAUUUAGCGUAUGCAAUAGGCUGCAGGACAUAAUUCUUGACUGUGGAUACACAGUGGCUAUAGGAUGAACAAAAAUUGCAGUGUCAGUGGUGAUUUCUAGCGCAUAUCUGGACCCAAUUCAAUUACAUCACAUACAAAACCAACAAAAAGUUUAAAAUUACGCAUUUUAUAUGAACAAAAUACCUGUAGUAGUAACGAUGGAUCCAAGUGUUUCUACAUAUGUAAGAGGUUUUCAUGACAUUGACGCUGUCUCAAAGAUGAAAUAUAAACCACUAGGCAACACUGGUUUACAAAUAUCACAACUUGGCUAUGGUGGAUCUGGUUUAGCAGGUGUUUUUAAAACAACUAAAGAUGAUGAAAGUAUCGCAGUUUUAACACAAGCUAUCAAGAAAGGCAUUAACUACAUAGAUACAGCACCAUGGUAUGGUAAUGGCAAAUCAGAAACAGUAUUAGGACAGGCAUUUAAGAAUAUACCCCGUGACUCAUUCUAUGUAGCAACUAAAGUAGGAAGAUAUGAACCUGAUGUAGAGAAAAUGUUUGAUUUUAGUCGUGAAAGAACUAUGAGAAGUAUAGAUGAAAGUCUACAGAGAAUGGGAAUAGGUUAUGUUGAUAUAAUACAGGUACAUGAUAUGGAGUUUGCUCCAGAUUUAGAUAUUAUUCUCAAUGAAACAUUGCCAGCUUUACAAGAAAUUAAGGAUAGUGGUAAAGCUAGAUUUAUUGGAAUAACUGGAUACCCUCUUGAAAACUUCAGGACAAUUAUAGAGAAAAGUAAAGUUAAAAUAGAUACAGUUUUAAGUUAUUGUCGUGGUUGUAUGUUUGAUAGUUCAAUACAAGAUUAUAUUCCUUAUUUCAAGGAGAAAGGACUUGGUAUAUUAAAUGCAUCACCUAUAGGUAUGGGUUUAUUAUGUGAAUCGGGUCCACCAAAAUGGCAUCCAGCAAAUCAUCAAAUUAAAGAUAAUUGUCAGAAGGCUGCAAAAUAUUGUAAGGACAAUAAUGUAGACUUAGCUCAGUUGGCCGUGAAACAUAGUCUUGAACUUCCAGGAGUGGCAUCCACGAUAACGUCUUCUGAAAGUUAUGAUAUAGUUGAUAAAAAUCUCAAACUUCUGUCAACAAAUUUAACUGAUAAAGAAAGAAAUGUAUAUAAUGAUGUUAUGAAAAGAUUUAUGGAACCUUUACAUAAGAUGAAUUGGGAAGGCAUUGAAGUCAAUCAAUACAGAGAAAAGUUGGCUAAAUUACAAGACAGAUAACUCUAAGAAGUAGAUGGACUACUAUAACUUUAGCUGUAUUUUAUUGAAAUAAUAAAUUAUCUUAUAUACUAUUCAAAAAAAGUAGGGGAUAUUUGAUUUUUAAGUGUUAUUAAAGUCACCUAAUGAAACUGACGAAGAAACAAAU